GGGAGCUAUAGAUUUAUUACUCCUACUCCAUUGUUUUUUGGGGUUUUUUCCCCAUAGAUUUAAGAUUUCAUAUGUCUUGUUAAUUUAUAGGUAAAAGGCAGUGAGUAAGAAUGUCCAACACCUUAAUUUGCUCAUAUGAUAUUUGCAUUGUUUUCAAUUAUGUUCUUCUGACAGUUGGAUUAAUGGUGAUCUUUCAGUGGCACGGAGCUAAUAAGGAUCUUGUAUCACUGCCUUUAAAUGCUGUUGAAGACAAUACAAAAAUCGUGCAGCUCUGCUUCCAUAGUGUGGCCUCUGGGCAGGAUUGGGUGUCACUCAUCGGUUUUUUGUUGCUGUUUCCAGGAUCGUCGUCAUGACCAGUUUGGGGAUUUGAGCCUGUGGGGUCAGGAACAGAUUGCCAGUCCUAUGUACACAGGCGUCUAAGACAGUUUGACCCAAAAAAACCUCCUCCAACAGAACUGUGUCUUUUUUCAUUGCAUGAAACAAGAGACUUUGUUGAAGUGCCUCCAGAGCAAGAGCCAUCCAAGGAGCAACUCUUUCCACCAGACUACAACAAGGAGUCCCAGUGGGGUCAGCUCAAAGGGUUUUCAUAGCGAAAUCAAUAAUAAAGGUGGGAGCAAAAUGGCAUCAAAUAUUCACAGCAGAAGAGUGCCUGCAGUCAUUAAAGGACAUCGACACUUUAGUUACGGAGGAGCCACGUCACCUGAGUCUAUUACUGUAGAACAAUACUAUGACCUAACUCCAUCCAAGAAAAGUAAUGUUCGAGUCAACGAUGAGAUAAUUCCCAAGCCAAGCGAUAUCAAUGUUGGGUAAGAACAUAAAAAUGGUUUGUUUCCUCCGUUCUCAAGUUCUUGACAGUGUUCAUAACAUCUAUAUUAUUUAACCAGGUUGCUAAGAUUGCCUCACACCCCUCCUUCUCAUCAUGCUGGUGAUGCAGUUGGUAAAUGAGUUCAGCUGAUUGUUCACUUGCUCUAACUGAUAUGAAGCUCAGCCUUUGUCUGUGUUCUUACAGUGAGAAACAAAUUAAGGUCUCCAUCCCGAGAAAACACCCAUACCAGUCGCACAUAUCCCACUGUGCCAUGUUCCCCACCUACCACUGCCCAGAUGACCCAGACACAGGCAUACGAGCCUCAUCCAAACUCCCCAUCAAUCCUCUAUUACCAGCCAAUGCUCCACAGGUCACUCUGCUCAGCAAGACUAAAGGUCAGAGCACUUAUGCCAUUAUGCCUUGAUCAAUGGACAUAAGCCUACA